AUGUCCAACCUACCAAUCCACCUAAAUAUUUCUAGUGAUGUACCAUCAUUGUCAAAUAUGCGCCUGCAAACCUCCAAUAAGUGGCAAGCGAGCCGAACUUUGAGUGAGCCUCCCAGUAGUGGUAUCGCUGACUUGUACGACGUGGUCAAUGCUAUUGGGUCAAUGGCACUGCUUGUUAAUGUGCCCAACCUUAUCAUGGAUCUCGCAAGGGCCCGACGCGAUAUAUUUAAUGCAGAGAAAAAACUUGCUGAUUGCAUCAUGCGAGAGCACGAGGUCAUGAUCAGUCUUUCAAAAUACAAGUCUGUCAUUUCCAAGCGGAAGCUUGACAAGGCCAAUGUAGGACUAGGCCAUAUGCGUGUCACAUUCAAAAAACACGGUCUUUCUCAUCAGCCAGUGCACGGUUCUCUUGGUACUACUACUACUAGCGCUCGAGGUAGCUAUUUUACUGACAAACACUGUGAGGCUGUACAUCCUGUGAGCUCUGUCUCUCUGUGGGUUACUGUUGAAAAAAAUUUGAAGCCUGGGAGAAAUGUGCUGUGA